AUGCUAGCUGCUGCACACAAUCUCCGACCAGCCUCUUGCAUUCUCACAUACCGUCAUCACAACCAACCACCCCCCAUUUCUGCCACCACCCACUUGUACCGCCAACACAGCCGUUCACAUCCUCUAUCAGAUGUAAAAGCUAAAACAACAAUGGGUGAAGACCCGGGACGUGAAGAGCGUAACCUGCUGGCACGUCAAGAUGCUUCCGUUUCCAGUCGUCGCAGCCCACUCGGUCGUUACAAUCGAACUGAUGACCUUUGGCUGGAGCUGGAUGAUGAUGAGUGCUCCGAAGAUUCAACAUCUAUUAUGACACCAAACAGCCUUCGUACACCAGCUAUCUCAUUGCCACAAAUUCCACCAAAAAGUGCUCCACCAUGUCCUCAGUAUAAUGCUGUUAACAAUCAUAGCAAUGGUGAUGCUACAACGUCUUCGCAAGGUGGAACUCCCUUAAUACUUCGACAUGAAUCUCUAUUGAAGCCUGAAGAACUUCGUCCAGACUAUUCUAAAACGGACGAUACCAAUUAUUGCAAUUACAAUGGGAAGACAGGCCUUGGUGCAAGUGAGAGGAGUCUUCAACAAUCCUUAUCAACACCUAAUCCUCAAGAAACAAUGACACAGCGGAAAGAUUCUGAAUAUCGAAGAUUCAAAUCAGAAGGUUCAGCUGCUGGAAGCUUACCAGCAGGCCCGGAAAUGGAUAUGGAUGGUGAACUAUCUCCUAUAGCUGAUCGAUCAUCUCCUCCUCAUCGCUUCAAUCUCAUUCAGCAAGAUUCGGUUGUGAAUGGAGGUCCCAUCUCGAAACAGUCAAAUACGGAGCAAGUACUAAUGAUGCAUACAUUGAAGACGAAACUUAGUAAAUAUCAAUCAUUCAUUGAUAAAGCUCUAUCACAUAUACGUAGUGAUGUUGAUGAUCAUAUAGUUGAGGGAUGUACUAUAAUAGCCAAGGUUAUGUCAAAAGCAUGGAUGAUACCCAAAGUAUCUCAUGAUCUAUCAACAGCUUUAUGUGAUUAUCUACGUGAUCAAACAUAUCUUGAUAUAUUAAUUAAAUUAUUCAUUAAUACAACAACAUCUGAACCAGUACGAUUAGCAGCUGGACGAGUAUUAGAAGAUUGCAUGUUGUUAAGUAAUCGCGAAUAUUUAGUUAAUAAGGGUUGGCUGAAGAAGCUUGUAGGAAUGGCUAUGAAGCUUAAUAAGAACGGUGAACAACAACGAAUGAGCUUAAGCAUAAUGGAAAAGAUGUUAAAACAUUCUAAUAGCACAUCUCUAAGCUUAAUUGAAUAUGGAGUACUAGAUCAUAUCUUAUUAACAUGUAAACGUGAAAAGGAUACACCUAUCACAUUGCGUCAUGCAGCUUUAGCCUUAUGUAAUUUAUGUUUAUAUUCAUGUAGUGAAGGUAAAAAGAAAAUUAUUAGUAAAAAGGUUCCUGAAUGGCUCUUCCUACUAGCUACACAAGCUGAUGAACUUACACGCUAUUAUGCCUGUCUCGCUAUAUCUGUUGUUGCUAGUGCUAAGGAAAUCGGCUUGGCCCUCAAUUGCUCAGAUACAUUAGCAUUAGUUGAACCAUUUUUGAAUGCUCAUCCACCAUUAUCAUUUUCCGAAUAUCAUUAUAAGCAUUCACAAGGAGAGCCGAAGGAAUGGCUUGAAAGAUUACUUCCAAUAUUCAAAUCAGCUAAGCGUGAAGCUCACAGUGCAGCAGCUUAUCACUUUACUAUGGAAGCUGUUAUAAAGAAGAAUCAGAACAAGUUGGAAGUAUUUCAAGAAAUCGGUGCAAUUCAAGCUUUGAAAGAAGUUGCUUCUUCUCCUGAUGAAGUUGCGGCAAAGUUUGCAAGCGAAGCUUUGACUGUGAUUGGUGAAGAAGUUCCAUAUAAACUGGCUCAACAAGUUCCAAGUUGGACAACAAACGAUGUUCAAUACUGGGUCAAAAAAAUUGGCUUUGAGGACUAUGUUGAUCGAUUUGCUAGGCAAAUGGUUGAUGGAGAUCUACUCUUACACCUAAGUGAACGUGAACUAGAAGUUGAUCUCGAAAUGCAGUCUGGAUUACAUCGAAAACGAUUCAUUCGUGAAUUAGAGAGUCUCAAAAUAGCAGCAGAUUAUUCAGGGGUUGAUGAGAGUAAUCUUGAUCAACUCUUGAUGUCUCUAAGUCCGGAAUUAUCAGUUUACACUUAUAAGAUGCUUUCGAGUGGAAUCAAUCGAUCAAUGUUAGCUUUCCUUACUGAUGAGCUGAUGCAAACAGCAUGUGGAAUUAUGAAUCCUAUCCAUAGAUUGAAGUUGUUACAAGCUUUUCGUGAUGCCAAACAUCCUGAUGAUGUCGAAGUGGCUAUGUUAAGCAAGCAGAUUGAUGUAUUCAUUAGCUAUAGAAGAAGUACAGGAAAUCAAUUAGCUAGUUUAAUAAAAGUUUUACUUCAACUUCGUGGAUAUAAGGUUUUCAUUGAUGUUGACAAAUUAUAUGCUGGAAAGUUUGAUUCAUCACUUCUUAAGAACAUUCAAGCAGCUAAACACUUCAUCCUUGUGUUGACACCUCAUUCACUUGAUCGUUUAUUGAAUGAUCACAACUGUGAAGACUGGAUUCAUAAAGAACUCCGAUGUGCAUUCCAAUUCAACAAGAAUAUCAUUCCCAUAUUUGAUCAGUCAUUUGAGUUUCCUCAAGAUGAAGAUCAAAUCCCUAAAGAUGUUCGUCACAUCACCAAGUAUAACGGAGUCAAAUGGGUUCAUGAUUAUCAAGAUGCUUGUAUGCAUAAGGUUGUCCGUUUCUUAGAAGGAGAACUUAAUAGGAGUCAAUCUAUGAAUCAAGGAUCAACAUCCCCAUCGCAUGGUCCAUCAGCUCAGCAAGUAUUGAAUGCUUCUAACAGACGUGCACAUACCAAUUCGGCUCGUAGUGUAGCACCAGCUAUCAGAUCCAAUCCUCAAUCAUGUCGCUCAUUUCGUCUGACAGAACCAACAACUCCAACUCGGUUUAAAUCAUCACAUUCAACAGCUAAUCGUUCUUCUGGAGCAACAUCACCAGUUCCAAGCACUGUAGCACGUGAAAGCUCUCGAAGAAAGCUUAUACAAUCAUCCGUGUCUACAGCUUGUGACAAGUCAUAG